UAUGUAAUGAAGUUGUGGGAGAUGGAGAUUGUAAUCACUAACCAGAUAAGCCUGAGAGCCAGAGGGAAACCAAGCUUAAUCAAGUAGAAGAAGCUGCUUGGAGAGAUGGGGCCAAUUUCCCAUUAAAUUAAUUACUUGAGCAUAUCCCAAAUAUUCCAAUUGACUUGCUUGACGCCAUUGCUAAUCUCUCUUUUUUUUUUCUCAAGCCCAUUUUUAAGUUUGCUAUAUAAAUCUUCUUCUCACUCAUGUUUCCUCCUCUCACAACAUCAUCAACAUGGAGAAAUUAUUCCCAUUUGGGCUCUCUCUUCUCCUAGCCACCACCUCCGUUUUCCCUCAUUUUCCCUUCCUUUCUCAUGCCUCAGAAAAUGUCUACUCUCGGCCCUCUGCUCGUAGUGUCAUCUUCACCCGUCAUAAGGGCUCCGAAUCCGAACCUCAACAGGUUCAUAUUUCGCUGGUGGGUAAAGAUCAUAUGAGAGUAACAUGGAUUACAGAUGAUAAACAUGUAGAAUCAAGAGUAGAAUAUGGAAAGCAGCCAGGGAAAUACAAUGCAAUAGCAACAGGAGAGCAGACUUCGUAUCGUUAUUUCUUUUAUAGUUCAGGGAAGAUUCACCAUGUAAAGAUUGGGCCAUUGGAGUCUGCCACAACUUAUUACUACAGAUGUGGAGGCUAUGGCCCUGAAUUUUCCUUCAAGACACCUCCUUCUGCUUUCCCCAUUGAAUUUGCUGUGGUCGGUGAUCUAGGGCAAACAGAAUGGACUAAAUCAACACUAGAACACGUAGGAAGUAGAGACUACGACGUAUUUUUGCUCCCAGGGGAUUUAUCUUACGCAGAUAGCCAUCAACCUCUCUGGGACUCAUUCGGCCGCCUGGUGGAGCCAUACGCCACCCAACGGCCAUGGAUGGUGACAGAAGGGAACCACGAGAUUGAGACAGUGCCGAUCAUAUUCCCACAUGGGUUCAAAGCAUACAAUGCACGGUGGCGAAUGCCCUAUGAGGAGAGUGGCUCCGCCUCCAACUUAUAUUACUCGUUCGAAGUUGGCGGCGUUCAUGUGAUAAUGCUUGGGUCGUACACAGAUUUUGCGUCGGAUUCAGAUCAAUACAAGUGGCUUGUGGGUGAUUUGGGUGGAGUUGAUAGGAAGAAGACUCCAUGGGUGGUUGUGCUGUUGCAUGCUCCUUGGUAUAAUACGAAUCUUGCUCAUCAAGGAGAAGGAGAAGAAAUGAGAAAAGCUAUGGAAGAUCUCUUGUAUGAAGCUAGAGUUGAUGUGGUAUUUGCUGGGCAUGUUCAUGCUUACGAACGAUUUACUAGAAUUUAUAAUAAUAAAGCUGAUCCAUGUGGCCCGAUGUACAUAACCAUAGGCGAUGGAGGGAAUCGCGAGGGUCUUGCAUUAACGUUUAAGAAUCCAGGUUCUUCUUUGUCGUUAUAUCGGGAGCCAAGUUUCGGGCAUGGAAGAUUGAGGAUAUUAGAUGAAAAGCGAGCACACUGGUCAUGGCAACGCAACAAUGAUUCCGACUCUGUUGAAGCCGAUGAGGUCUGGUUGGAUAAUUUAACCACUUCUAAAGCAUGCUGGGCAAGUGUAGACGCACAACAACAACAACCAUCCUCCUCUGCAAAUGAGGAACUCUAAUUAAGCUGAUUUUUAUUCAGUUUUAGAAAUUACAGCUUGUCUUGUUUCUUAUUAACAUUGAUAUGCACACAAAUUGAAAAUUUUUUUGUAAUCUUAUGCUAAACACUAUAUUUGUAUAAUUUCUUGUAUGCUCGUGAUUUCUUUUUAAUGGAACUCAAUUUAUAAUAAUC